GCAGUCAGCGCAGAUAUCAUCGAUAUCUAAACCCAGGGUCAGGAGUUAGGCGGUAUCGUCAGAAGUUUGCUGCAGCCAUGGACGAUGCGUUCGAAAGCAUGAAGGCAAGCUCGAUGAGGCUCUUGGGGGGGGAACCGGAGGAGAAAAGCACGCUGCAGGAGAUGGAGGAGGCAGUGUGCAGCGUCUGCCCUUCCCUGUCGUGGAGAAAUCGGCUCAUUGGCUACGGCGCUUGUCUGGCGGUCGGGUUCUGCCUUACCUUCGGAUCUCUCUUCAGGGUGGCGCAACUGCUCACAGGGAACCCGCGGCCGUUCGUCCUCUACUUCUCGCUGGGAAGUGCGCUGAACAUCUGCAGCUCCUUUUUUCUCACGGGCCCGUGGAAACAGAUCAAGAAGAUGUUCAAUCCCGUGAGAGCCGUGGCCACCAGCAUCUACCUGGCCACCCUUUCCGCGACGCUGUUCGUGGCGCUCUCUCCGUACGCGAGCGUGCCCUUCCGGGGCAUCCUCCUCCUGUGCCUCGUGGUCGCGCAGUUCUUGUCGUACGUGUGGUACACCCUCUCUUACGUCCCGUUCGCGCGGAGGUUUAUGGCUGGGUUUUGGUCGGGGUUGAGAGGCGGAGGAUGAUGAGGCGAAGAUGUUCUCUCUUUUGUUCCGCAGGUCGGGCCCGCGCGUGUUGUGUGUAUGUAUUUCGGGUCCCGCUCCGACCGCGCUAACCGGCUGACCCAAUGAAAAUUGUUUGUGUGUGUUUUGUGCUCUGUGCAGCUGUUCCUUGUGGUCGGUCUUAACAGCCUCUUCUCGUUUGGUGUUGACUUAACUGUGUUUUGUUUCCGUAAAAUCGUAUGUAGUGUGAGCUUCGUCCUUGCCUCUUGUAGCACAAGCGUGAUCAAAUCUAGGCUUCUUGAGUUCUUCAUCGAGGCUGGGGAGCGGAGGAACGGCACCAACGCCGGCGGUGCACGACUGUUUCAGAAAUUCCAGUGUCGUUCCUCUGCAGCAGGCUCAUGUUUUCUGUUUUCCUCGACGAGUACUGGGAGCGGGGAAGGUUGUUCUUACCGUGGGCUGAUUUUUUUUCGGAAGAGGGUCGUCCUUGGUGUGAAUGUAGCCCAGUCCCCGUGGAAUCAUGCCUACCACAUCCUUCUGGUGGUCUGGUCGAUCCCGGGGCUGCUCGAUUGGUUUAAUUUCUUGGUUGCUUUUCAAGCUGAGCUUCACGGUGGUGCUGCAGGGUCAUAGUGGGAGCACGCCAUGCCAUCAGUAGAGGGUGCAGUCGCCUUCUUGAAGCUGCAACACACGGUCCCGUUCGAGUUUUUCGUGGGGUGUUCUCACCGGUGUUCCUCUUUGGUAUUUUUUGUUGUGCAACGUUUGGAAGCUGGGCCUUCUGAGACGAGAGAGCGCAUUGCUAAUGAACGAGAGUGCUGUGAUGUGG